UCCUGGAGGAGCCUAACAUUUCAAAUGUGUGAACGGCCCCAUUUGCAAUGGCGGUUGUGCACCGGUAUCGCUGCAUUUGCAGGUGGCCUUGCCUUUUCCGGACCUGGCAGCAUGGGCCUUUGGAUUGGGUCAUCAAGUCCGCGCAUUCCCCUGCAGCGGUUCCCAACACGUAGUGAUGUCGCAGGGCUUCAGCACUUGCGUCGUGCAGAACAAUCCCAGAAGAAGGAUCGAAAGGUGUGGAGACUGUUCCCAUUCAGGAAGAUCCGGCCUUUUCGAAGAUUGCCAAAGCCGAAUCGGGGCACUUGGUUUGCUUUGUCUAUGCUGGUCUUCUUUGUGCUCACAGUUCUUCGCCACAGGAGAGCCGACAACAAAAUUCAUGAGGUGACCAUCAGUUGUUUGUUGGACAUCCUGGAGGAACAGAAAGUGGGAACCAGACAGGCAGUUGUUGGAGCUUCCCAGUGCGUCCUUAUUCUGGAUGAUGGAAGCAGAUAUCUUGCUCAUUUGCCAAGCGCUGUGUCUCCAGCGGUGGCAGAGCUCUGGUCAGCCUUGCGGCAUGCAAAGGUGAAUAUUUUGGCCGAACGUGCUGGUGGUGUGUCGCAGCUGGCCGUGAGCACCAUGAUUCUUUUCCUGUACCUCGCCAUUGUGUACUCCAUGAUGCGUCGAAUGACAGGUGGCCAAGGCAAAGGGUGGCGAGAUGCACGACAAAAAGUCAUGGAGGCCCAGAAAGUCUCCGGCUCGAAUGCCCUGGUGACUCGAUUUGACGACAUUGCCGGCAUUGAGCGGUCAAAACUUCAGGUGAAAGAGGUUGUGGAAAUGCUUCGAUCACCCAGCAGGUAUGCAGCUCUUGGAGCAAGUGUACCAAGAGGAGUUUUACUGGCUGGACCUCCCGGCUCUGGCAAAACCUUGCUAGCUCGUGCGUGCGCAGCAGAGGCUGGAGUUGCAUUUCUCAAUGUUGCAGCCACCGAAUUUGUAGAGCUCUUUGUUGGACGUGGAGCUGCGCGUGUUCGACAGCUUUUUGAGCGAGCUCGGAAGAUGGCACCGUGCAUUGUCUUCAUCGACGAGAUUGAUGCCCUCCGCGCUCGAUCGAAUGAUCCCCUCAGACUGGGGGGCGGCAAUCAGGAGGCUGAGUCGACCUUGAACCAGCUGUUGACUUGCAUGGAUGGCCUUGUGACACGCGAAUCGGGACGCCCAGUUGUGGUGAUUGCGGCCACCAACAGACCUGAGGUUCUGGAUGAAGCGCUCCUGCGACCAGGGCGCUUUGAUCGAGUGGUUCAGGUUGAUCUCCCCGAUGCAGAAGGUAGGUUGGACAUCCUUAAAGUCCACCUACGAUUGAGACAGGUGCCGCUUGCAACAGAGGUGAACGAACAGUCCCUCAGUGAGAUAGCUGCCAGGUGUGAGGGAUUCCCUGGUGCAGCCUUGGAAGCCAUGGUGAACGAGGCCGCCAUUCGUGCUGCCCGUCGCAACUCCUCCACAGUGGGUCUCAAUGACUUUGAAGUCGCAGUGACAGACUUCAUGCAAUCUCGAGAAUCAACAAGGUCUAAAUUUCCAUUCAAGCUGUGAUGGCGCUCUGACGGCACAUCAGCUGAAGGAGUAGCAUGCCAGUCCAAGGUGGACCGCGCCAGCGCUCCGCGGAAGUCAAUUUUGACCUUGGAACUGAAGAUAAGCUGACCCAACCCAACUUACCUCAAUUGCUUCAUUAUUUGUAGGAUGUGAAGGGAGAAUACAGCAUGUACCUGUC